AUGGAGAAAAAUAUUGCAGGAAGCGUGUCGGAGCAGCUGGAGUUGAAGGUAUCAGCAAGCGAAGCGUGGAAGUUGUUCGGCGGCCUGGAAUUUGCUGAGAUCGUCCGUCAGGCGCUCCCAGAUCAGAUCUCCAAGAUCGUUGUCUUGGAAGGCGACGGCGGUCAAGGAACCAUCCUCCAAGUCUUUUACCCUCCAGGGGGACCGGCCACGAGUAAGGAGAAGUUGACGGUGGUGGACAACGAGAAACGAGUGAAGGUGGCAGAGCUGUUUGAAGGCGGCUAUCUCGAUUUUGGUUUCAGCACUUUCCGAUACCGGUGGGAGGUGAUUGAAAAGGAAGGUUCUGAAAACGAGUGCGUCGCCAAAGGUACUAUAGAGUAUGUGGCCAAAGAUGAGAAUGCUGCGGCCCUGGUUUCUGGGGACGCGCUGGUUGCCAUCUUGAAUUCUGCAGCUAAAUACUUGCUCACCAAAUGA